AUGGACGACCGCUCUUUAUCAUGGCUAAGCGACAAAGAUGAGGGCGUUUCUUUGGAAACUUUAGUUUGCAAGUCAGAAUCUGCUGAUCGAAAGCAGACCACUUUUGUCCUGCCUUCUUCUUUUGACAAUCCUAAUGCCGAUGGAUGGGCGGGCUGUUCAGCUAUGGAGGCUGGCCAGCCAGAGGCGGUUCGCGUGAACCUACGUCAAAUUAUCGGGCAGGGUGCCAAUGGAACUUUGGUGUUCGCGUUAGUAAUCAACUAUUAA